UAGAGAGCAAAGGGGGCUGCGUAUGCUUGUGCGUUACGGGGCUGUGUGUGAGGGGCGUAUGCAAGUGUGUCUGUGCAUGUGUGCUGUGUGUGAGAGUGUGUUUUUGUGUGCUGGAGGCCACACUGCUCAGCUCGUCUCCACUUGGCCUCCUCUGUCUUUGGCACAGAGCUCCAGACAUGAACUUCUUCUGCUUCACGCUGGAGGGCUCCACAGAGAGUAUAUAUGAACCAGCCUACAGCCAAACUGUGAAGGAAGUCCUUCCUAAGUGCCAGUGCAGUCCUGCUCUCCUGAGGCAUAAGCUUGAAUGGAGCGGCUCUGACCCAUGCCUCAGCUCUGACCAAUCUCAGACUCCAACAUCAAAGAGGAAAGAGAGCAGCAGAAGGUCAUAUGCACCAGCGUCAGCCUUGAACGAUGGAUCUUUAGACAAAGACAUUAAUCACGCCUGCUGGAUGUCAUCCAGUAAGAAGAAAGGCUUCUCUCAUCAAAAGAAUGACCAGAACAGAGAGAUAAGUAACACUGCCAGUCAGGACAGCAUGUUCACCAGAGAUGACAGAGCGGAGGAACCGAACACCGACAGAAGAGAGAGAGACCUGCCAGCUCAGAGCAGUGAAACUGAGGCUGAGACGGCAGAGACAGAGUCUCUAGGAAGACUGAGGAAGUUACAUAAACUGGUGCAAGCCAAGAAGGGACAGCAGAGCGGAGGUGCUAAAGGACGGAGUACAUCAGAGCAUAAUGCUCAUUUGGAAGACACGUCAGGUGACAACAAUCCAGUGCUAACGUGUAUCGGCCUGAGCAAAAGGACAGAGAAGAAACCCUCUAAACCUGCCCCGUCAUCACGACAGCCGCAGGCCAAAGAGAUCCAUGAGCGUCCAGAAGAGGAAGGACUUUGGAGCCCCAGGGUUCACAGUCCUCACUGGAGCCCGACAGUCUGUCCACACCCCUGGACGCCCUCCUUCCACACCUGCCACCAGCCUCAAACAGAGCCGUGGGUCUACGACUGCGACUUCACCUUACCUCGGACCACAGAAUGGGACCGUUUUGAGAGUCUGAUAGCAGAGCUGGACAGUAAACAGGCUGAUCUGUCUCCGCCGCGAGUCGUCCGCUCCAUCACAGAUCUACACAUCUCACAAACCACCCGGUCAAACAGAUUUGGGAGAUUUGACGCCUUCCAGCAGCAUUCCCCUCUAAUGAAACCGCAGGAUAAUGGAAGCGUGGCGAAGCAGGUGGAGACUGGUGAUCUGACCAAAUCAAGGAUCUUGGGGAGGGAGACAAAAGCUGUAUCUCAGACUGUGUGCGAGGGGACAGGCGAGAAGCUUGUCAAGACCCUGCCAGGAGAGACGAGUGAAGAGGCAGAGAGAGAUGAAGCAAACAAGGUGGAGGUCGGCAGUGCACGGACAUUUACUAAAGGACACAGGCGGUCCAGUAAUUCAUUGGAAAGCCUCUACAGUCUCACUAGUGGACAAAGCUCCUCAAGUGGAGUCACCAGUGGGUCAGACUGUUCCAGUAACAGAGGCAGCCUGAGGCUAGAGGAGGAUCUGCCAUACACCAGACAAUUCUGUGGCAGAGCCAGGGUCCACACAGACUUUGUGCCCAGCCCGUAUGACACCGAGUCCCUCAAACUCAAGGUGGGGGAUGUGAUCGACAUCAUCGCCAAGCCCCCCAUGGGAAUAUGGACAGGUGUGCUGAACGACAAAAUAGGAAACUUUAAAUUCAUCUACGUGGAUGUUCUACCACACAAGGGACCUGAGAUACGUCAGAAAACACAAACCCACAUGAGAAGGCAGAAAUCAAGACAAAAAACUUUACAAGAACUCUUACAGCACCUCGGUUUGGAGGAGUAUUCUUCCUCUCUCCGGCUGAAUGGCUACCAAACAGUAGAUGACUUGAUGAGGCUGAGGGAGCGUCACCUGAUGGAGCUCAAUGUGACUGAUCCAGAGCACAGGCAUCGUCUGCUUGCUGCUGUCGACUCCCUCCAGCAAGCUCAAACCGAUAGUCACUUCGAGGAUGACGCAAAUCAGGAGGCUGGGACCCCCGGUGAGAACAUCAAGGCAGAUAUGAGCAACUGCCCAAGAGACUCCGGCUGCCACAUGCCGUCUGACAGCCCUGAUAACAGCAACGAGGACACAGAAAUUCACUUUCCAUCCAUCCACACUCAACCAGCUGAGAUGCAAGCUACUUGAGAAAAAUCAGUCCUUUCCAGCCAUUGUUACGUCUUUUGUUGCUGUUAAGAUAUUCAUGCACGACUCGUACAUCAAAAACUGAUUUCUUUCUUUCUGUGCCAGCGUGAUUGCUAAUGAUGUACAGUAAAAAGCCUCUUCUAAGCCUUUAAUACUUCUGUUCCUCGUACCUUCACUGACCUUGACUUUAACUGAGUGCAAAGUAAGUGGGCUGCAGCUGAAUGUGUGAGCCAAGUGCAAUGCAUCUCAAUGAGUGUGUGUGUGUGUGUGUGUGUGUGUGUGUGCGUAAAUUUUGAGGCAUUUGCACAUUUGUCUCAAGUUUGCACAGUUGGACAGUCCUGUGAUUACAGUCAAUAAAAUUUUUUUUUUUUUUCCACAAAAAAUGGUACAAGUCUUUGAAUAACCUUGUGUGGCCUAUUAUUGAUGUGGCCUGAUAUUUGACCUCCAUACAGUAUUUGCUAGGGCCUGUGUGCUUGUCUGUGCA